GCGCCGCCGCUGUCACCGUCACCCGCCACCGCUGUCACCCAGCCGGCUCCGGUGCGGACACCCCCGCAGCGGCAGGUACCUUUGCUGAGAGGUGGCAGAGCAGCCUCAGGACACCACCAUGAUGGAGGAUCACGCGCCUGGCCAGGAAAAACACUUCUCAUCAGGCUAUCCCCUUCAGAUUCCAGUCGAUGAUGGAUCGGAUGAGCCUGUUUCUGAAACAUCUGACGCUAAGAGCACCCCAACUACGGAAGAUGCCACAGCACCUUUAGUGGAGGAAGGAGACCACGAGGAUCAGGGUGGUGUGGAACAGCACGGGGAGAUCCCAGAAGGAACCACAGCUGAAGAGGCGGGCGUAGGAGCCACUCCCAACCUGGAGGACCACGCUGCAGGAGAUGCCACUCAAGGCGAGCCGAGCUCUCCGAAGCUCCAGCCUGGCCCUCAGGAGGCAGGAAAAAGUUCCAGCCAGCCCCCAGAGCAGGGGCUGGGGCCUCAGCAGCCACCUCUGUCCCGUGAAAGCAAGGCUCCAGCAGCAGCUGCCACCAGGAUCGAGGUCACCAUCCCAAUCCCCCUGGAGAUGUACCAAGGCUCCGGAGGCAGCAGCGAGCCGUGGCACCAGGCAGGCACAGAAGGCAGCAGUGCAGAGCCACAGCUGGGCCUGGCAGCAGCAGGAGGCACGGCUGACCACAAAGAUGGACCAUCAUCUCCCCUGUGUGCCAGAGCCACGGUCAAAGAAGGUUCCAGGGAUGAGGAGCGGGGUGUUGAUGAAAGCCCUGGGCAGGGCUUGCCUUCCCUCGUGGAUCAGCGUGCUGCUCUGGGGCCUGAGAAGGGCUCGUGUCCAGCAGCUGCCCAGGAGACUCGUGAAGAAUAUGAUGGAGAAAACAAGUCCAAAGCUGUCCUCAGAGACACCCCAGGAGAGGCGCUGCUGGUGGAAGCUGAGUCACAUAAAGCAGGAGAGGACCAAGAGGAGAAGCGAGAGCUGCUGGGCAGAGAAGGAGGCCCAGACACCCCCCCGUCAGAGCCUUCUGCAAGUGUCUCCCAAAAACAGGCUGGGCCUGGGCAGGGAGAAGAUUCUGAGCCCGUGCUAGGGACAGCCAAGCCCCCUGCCGAGGCAGAGGAUGAUGUGAAGGAUGAAGGUGCUGCUGUGGGAGAGGCUGUGCUGGCCGCAGGGGCGCGCCGGCCCAGGAGGAAGCCGGGCGGGCCGGCUGCAGACAAGGCCACUCGUGUCCCCCUGCUCAAAGGUCGUGUUGACAAGGAAGGGACUGAAGCUGAUGAAAAGAAACCCAAGAAACCCUCACCUUGCCCUGCCAAGCCCCCUGGCUCCGUGCCCCCCCUGGGGCACGCAGCCCCCUGCAGCCCUGCCAGUGCCUCCAAAGGAGCCUGUCCUGCCACCCCCCGCCCUGCCAGCUCAGGAGUGCAGGAAAAUAAAGCCAAGGGCCCGGAGGCGAGGGGUGGCUCCAAGACGGGCGCGGCGCGCGCGGGGCAGGCGCAGAGGAACUCCAGCAACGCCACCCGCAUCCCUGCCAAGACCCCCACGGCCCCCAAGACCCCUCCCGGCUCUGGCAGAAAGGAGCAGAAAAAGCCACCUCCUGCAGCAGCAAAGACUGAGAAAGGUGAGCAGCCCAAGUCCGGAGACAGAAGCGGUUACAGCAGCCCCGGCUCCCCCGGGACCCCGGGCAGCCGCUCCCGCACCCCCUCUCUGCCCACCCCACCAGCCAGGGAGCCCAAGAAGGUGGCAGUGGUUCGCACCCCCCCGAAAUCUCCCGCCUCCGCCAAGACCCGCGUGCAGCCGGCGGCCGCGCCCAUGCCCGACCUCAAGAACGUCAAGUCCAAAAUCGGCUCCACCGACAACCUGAAGCACCAGCCCGGGGGUGGCAAGGUGCAGAUAAUUAAUAAGAAGCUGGACUUUAGCAGCGUUCAAUCCAGGUGUGGCUCAAAGGAUAAUAUCAAACACAUCCCGGGCGGAGGCAGUGUGCAAAUCGUUUACAAGCCAGUCGACCUGAGCCAUGUGACAUCCAAAUGUGGCUCCCUGGGCAACAUCCACCACAAACCAGGUGGUGGCCAGGUGGAGGUGAAAUCUGAGAAACUGGACUUCAAAGAUAAGGUGCAGUCGAAAAUUGGGUCCCUAGAUAACAUCAGCCACGUCCCUGGAGGAGGCAAUAAAAAGAUUGAGACCCACAAGCUGACCUUCCGCGAGAACGCCAAAGCCAAGACCGACCACGGCGCCGAAAUCGUCUACAAGUCGCCCACCAUCUCCGGAGAUGCCUCCCCGCGCCGCCUUAGCAACGUCUCCUCCAGCGGCAGCAUCAACCUGGUGGACUCCCCCCAGCUGGCCACGCUAGCCGACGAGGUGUCCGCCUCGCUGGCCAAGCAGGGCUUGUGAUCGCGGCGCGGCGGCCACCAGGAGAGAAGACGAGGAAAGGAAACGACAAAGAAAAGAAACAAAAAUAAUAAUCUGGCCUUCUUCCUCUGUUCCUUUUACAGCUGCUUCCCCGUCCCCCUAACUGGUUAAUGAUUUAACCUGCUUUUACUGUUCAUUCAGCUCUAGCUCCAGGACUUCAAAAUCAGUGACACUAUGAGGUACAAAACCUCCUCUCCCCCUGCUCCUCGGAGCGCACAGCCCGUCCCGUGCCCGCGCUCCCCCUCGCCGCCCCAGCCCUGCCGGGGCAAGGCGGGGAGGGGGCCCGGGGGGCGGCCACAGCACGGCGCUGACCCGAGCACCCCGCGGCAGCGCAGGGCAGGGGUGGCCCUGCCGGGACGGGGCUGCGACCUCGCCCGGCUCGUGUCCUGCCGCUGGCUGCGGGGAGGUGCCCUGCCUCCCUCCCUCGCUCCCGUUAAAUUUGCCUGCUGAUUUGGAAGAAACUUUUUGUUUUUAUUUCCGAAAGCCGAGAUGUGUAUGAAGAUAACGGCCAGGUACCCCCUAACCCGCUCCCAGCUCCGGCAGCUGGAGUUCUGGCGACGCCGGGUGCCCGCCGCCAGGGGCCCCGGACGGGCCGCUCCCCUCUCCGUGGCUGUGCUGGAACCGCUGAGUGGAUGAGUAGAGGCUUUUCCCCAUUCCUUUGGCAGCCCCUCGUGUCGUAGAGUAGAUUUGUCUGUAUAUGCUUGGACCGUGCCAGGGUGAUUGUUUUCAUAAACGAGCAUGUGUUUAAAAGAAAAAAAAAAAUAAUAAAUGCUGUUAAGUAGUUUUGAGCUGCCCCGCGCCGGCUCCGCCACAGCCCAGCCGGGGGCCCGGGGAGCCCGGCCGGCCCCGGUGCCCAGCCCGGCACCGCAUGUCUGCCGGGGCGAGCUCGGAGGAGGGGCACUCACAGCUCCAGGGCUGCGAUGGCUCCUGGCUUUGGGUGCUGCAGCUUGUGACACUUUUGGGUUGUUCUUUUUCUUUCCCUGCAAGGUCAGCUCAGCGAUGGCGGAGGUGGCAGCUCCAUGGCUCUGCUGCGCCGGUGGCAGCGGUGAGACCCCGGCAGGACGCGGGGGAGGCGGCAGCAGCUCCCCCAGCCCGGGGGCAGCUCCCUGGCUCUGAACCCCCUUUCUGAACCCUUUUCUGCUCCCCGGUGUGAGUUGGCAGCGUCUCACCCCUCCCACAGCCCUGACCACCCCAGCACCACUCGGGGGACAGGAGCCAGUCCAGUUAUUGCUUUGGCUGCUUUUGUUCCUGUGGCUCCCCGGGGAGCACGAGGGGGUCCCGAGGCUGUCCCUGCCUGCCCCUUCCCUCUACAACCAAAGAGGCCGAGAUGCCACCAGUGCAGCUGUGUGUGUCCUGCCCUGUCUCCCCCGGGGGCCCCACCGAGCUCUGGGGGUUCAGCUGGAGGUGGGAGGGCAGAGGAGCCCCUGCACCCCCGGGCUGUGCCGCAGGGAAAGCCGUGCUUUCCCAGCCAGGGCUGCAAUCCUGGUCCGACAGGGCUGCCGGGGGAUCAGGGCCCCCUGCUUGUCCUUGGGGUGGUGGCUGGGUGCCACCGAGGCUGCCAGAGCAGCUGUUCCAGGGCAGAGCAGCGAUUCCUCCCCCGGACAGGAGCUGUGAACCCGCUGUCACCCCUGUCCCUCUGCAGGGCUGGGCUGCCGCAGGCCUGGCCGUGGAUGGAGAUGGUCUGGGGGGGUCCAACCCUUGUCUCUGCAGCCCCAGGAGCUGCUUUAUGGCUGGGGAGAGGCUGGUCCAGCAGCACCAUCAUGUCCAGCUUGUCACUCGCUCCGUUCACUUGACUCCAUGAUUGUAAGACUCUGUGCUCCGUCCCCGACUCCGUAGCGCUGUAGGAGCCGCCUGCUUUUUGUCCUUUGUAGAACGAGCAAGUUGGGAGAACCCUCAAAGCAUCACCUCCUUACCCCCUUGUGGGCUGCAGGACGGGGUAGCUGAGCUGGCCCGUCCUGUGCCACCCCUGUCCCCUCCGUGCAGCCCCUGAGGGACACCAGGGCUGGCAUGGCCUUGGUGUGCACCGAGCUCCAGGGAGCAGCCCCUUCCCACCCUGAGUGUCCUCAGCCCGGGGGGGACUGUGGGGUGCCAGGACAGCCCUUUCCAUCCACCACGUCACCCGCUGUCCCCUCCAGCAGCCCGAGCCACGUCCCCUGCCCCAACCCUGCGUUCAGACCCAGGCCCGAGGGUCCGGCGAGCAGCCGGACAGCCUGGCCCCCGGCUUUCCCUUUACCCCACACACAUCCUGGGUCUGAGAAGGGUUAAAACCGGCACUGAUUUAAAAAAAAAAAAAAGUAUUUCUGCACUCCAAAAGAUUCUGCGUGUUAGCCAAGGUCGGUGCCAGCCUGUGUGGGGUUGGCAGCCCCGCGCCCCCCGCGCCGCGCCGGGGAGGGGAGGGAAGGUUUGAUCUCAGUGUAUCAUUCUAGCUUAGCUUCUGUCUGUGGGUGUCCAUAGUGUAUCGUGUGUUUAACAACUGGUUUACACUGUUGCCGUAAAAGUGAAUUUGGAAAUAAAGUCAUUACUACGAUAACGGUAA